GAGACGGCAGAACUUCUCGUUAACCCCACAAACACGUCUUGGUCCUCCCGGUAAAACGGUCACCGGGCAGCCUGUCGGUACGGAGCCGGACAGCCUGAAGCACAGAGCGGCGGAGUCCAGCGGGAUUAAAGGAGGCAGCCAGCUAUGGGCUCCAUGUUUCGCAGCGAGGAGGUGUGCCUGGUGCAGCUCUUCCUUCAGUCCGGUUCGGCUUACAAUUGUGUCAGUGAGCUGGGAGAACUGGGCUUGGUUGAAUUCAGAGACUUAAAUCCGAAUGUGAACGCCUUUCAGAGGAAGUUCGUCGGAGAAGUCAGAAGAUGUGAGGAACUCGAGAAAACUUUUACCUUCCUGGAGCAGGAGAUCAAUCGCUCCCUGUCUCCACCCUUGCAGGGUUCCCUCCCUCCUCCAGUCCCAACACCUUCGGCCCCUCAGCCCCGUGAGCUCAUCACCAUAGAGGAGGAGAGCGAAAAGCUAGCCAGAGAGCUCAAAGAGGUGUCCAGGAACAGAGACAGUCUUCGGGCUCAGCUGACUCAGCUAUGUCAGUACCGAGGCGUCCUGACCAGAACACACUCUCUCACAGCCUCACAGGCACCUCCGCAUGUGCUGGAAAGCCAAGGCCUGUUUGAUAACCGCCAAGAUGUCCACCUCAGUUUUGUUGCCGGAGUGGUCCAUCCUUGGAAAGUCCCCUCAUUUGAGCGGUUGUUAUGGCGGGCGUGUCGCGGUUAUAUUAUCGUGGAUUUUAGAGAAAUGGAGGAUCGACUCGAGCACCCAGACACGGGGGAAAUGGUGCAGUGGACGGUGUUCCUCAUUUCCUACUGGGGAGAACAGAUCGGACAGAAAGUCAAGAAGAUAUGUGACUGCUUCCGCACGCAGACGUUUGCAUACCCUGAGAGCUCUGCUGAGAGAGAGGAGAUUCUCCAGGGACUUCAAGGUAGAAUUGAAGAUAUCAAAUCAGUGUUGUCACAGACUGAGACCUUCUUGCAGCAGCUGUUGCUGAAUGCAGUGGCUAUUCUGCCUCAGUGGAAGGUACGAGUCCAGAAGUGCAAGGCGAUCCAGAUGGUUCUGAAUCUCUGCAGCCCUUCAGUCACAGACAAAUGCCUGAUCGCUGAGGCCUGGUGUCCGACUGCCAAGCUGCCUGAACUGCAGAGUGCUCUGAGAGAAGGAGGGAGGAAGAGCGGAAGUGGGGUUGACUCUUUCUACAACCGUCUGCCUUCCUCCACUCCUCCACCUACUCUGUUUCCCCUCAACUCCUUCACAGCAGGUUUCCAGAACAUUGUUGAUGCCUAUGGAGUGGCCAGCUACCGUGAAGUCAAUCCAGCGGUGUACACCAUAAUCACGUUCCCCUUCCUGUUUGCGGUGAUGUUCGGGGAUGUGGGUCACGGACUGCUGAUGACUCUGGCGGGCCUUUGGAUGGUCCUUGAGGAAAGGGAUCCAAAACUUAAAAACAGCACCAAUGAGAUCUGGAGGAUGAUGUUUGGAGGAAGGUAUUUGAUUCUGCUGAUGGGUCUGUUCUCUAUCUACACGGGGGCUAUUUACAACGAGUGCUUCAGCAGAGGCCUCAGUACCUUCAACUCAGCGUGGCACGUCGGACCGAUGUUUCAAAAGAAUAUAUGGAAUGCAUCAGUGCUGGCUGGGAACCAGUACUUGUCCAUGGAUCCUGUUGUGUCCGGCGUUUUUAACAGCCCCUAUCCAUUUGGCAUUGACCCGGUUUGGGGAAUGGCCAACAACAAACUAACUUUCCUGAACUCGUACAAGAUGAAGAUGUCCGUCAUCAUUGGGAUUAUUCACAUGACUUUUGGAGUCACCUUGUCAUUUUUCAACUAUUGGCACUUUAGAAAGUUUAGCAGCGUGUUCUUUGUGCUGAUCCCAGAGCUGUUCUUCAUGGUGUCUCUGUUUGGCUACCUUGUGUUCAUGGUGGUCUAUAAGUGGAUUGCCUACACCCCUGCCCAGUCCAAAAUGGCUCCCAGUAUACUUAUCCACUUCAUAGACAUGUUCCUCUUCACAGAAAACGCCGACAACCCACCGCUUUUUAAAGGACAGAUCUUGCUGCAGAAGAUCCUGGUGGUGCUGGCUCUGUGUUCUGUGCCGGUCCUCCUCCUGGGGAAGCCUACGUUUGAACUCAUCAUGUUCAAGAUAAGACGACGUCCGAUGUUCAUUGUGGAGGAAGACAGUCGUCUCCUGGUGAACGACGAGGGCUCAAUCAACACUCGCCAGGGGGAGGUGGAAGGAGCAGCUGCUGAAGGGGAGGAGUUUGAUGCAGCAGAUGUGUACAUGCAUCAGGCCAUCCACACCAUAGAGUACUGCUUGGGCUGCAUUUCCAACACGGCCUCCUACCUCCGACUCUGGGCUCUCAGCUUGGCACACGCACAGCUGUCCGAGGUGCUGUGGGUGAUGGUCAUGCGUAUUGCGCUGAAGUGGGAGGGCUAUGUGGGAGCUGUAGUCCUUUUUGUGGUUUUCGCCUUCUUUGCCGUGUUGACCGUCUCCAUCCUCCUGGUUAUGGAGGGACUCUCAGCUUUCCUGCACGCGCUCCGUCUGCACUGGGUGGAGUUUCAGAACAAGUUCUACAGCGGAACAGGCUACAAACUCAACCCUUUCUCCUUCUCAUCUCUCAUCAAUGCCUCAGCUGCUAUGUGAUCAGUCAAAUGAUUGCCAAAUGGUUAAAUUAAUUGUGUCUGUGUGCUUCAGAAUGGCCCUGUCUUAACAAUGGUAUUCUGUUGCCUGAAGGCUAUGAAAUGGUUUAAUUAACUUGCACAAUGAUCAUAAUGAAUGAUACAGACUGUUAUUUUUGCGUCAGUAGAAUUAGUCCCUGUGUAAUGAAUGAAAAUUGCAUCAUAUGAUAGGAAAAAAAUAUACUUUUGUAUCCCCUUGCUAAUUUUUUACUCAGUGUUACGUACUGCUUUCUAAUUACUCUUUCUGUAGCUCAAGAAAUAAUUGGCAAUGAUUAACUUCUCAACAAAUAAACAUUUAUUAUAAACAUCUAUUCUGAAAAGGGAAAGUAAUUCAAUUAGUGGAUCUUUUCUGCAGUUUAAGGGAAUGUACAAUUGUUGACUUGAUUUUUUUGCAAGCCAGUCCUGCAGAUUGUCGAAAUGAUAGCAGGAAAUGAUCUGAAUGAUUUUUAUGAGCCAAAGAUACUUUCCCUCAUUGUCAUGUCUUCCAAGCACAUCAUGCCACAUGUAUUUAUUGGUAUUUAGUAUUUUUUUUCUGGUGCCUUACUAGGUCUGUUUGUUCAUGCAUUAUAUAUUCGGACAGAUCAUAACUUCUAUCAUCAUGAAACUACUUUGUACAAAACUGCAUAGGACAUCUGUCUCAUUUUUCCCUGCCAGUUUACACUGUAACAUUUUUCAAAUUUGAACUGAAAUUAAAUAGAAUUUUCUUGUUGAAUCUUA